AUGAAGGUUACAGACGUCCAGGCCGCCCUCGCGUCGGCCGUUGUGCUUCUCUCAUUGCCAGCCGGCACCGUCGCCUCGUCACACAGGAGGUUUCACCAGCUUCCCAAUAAGAAGCACACUCACCUUCGCUCUCCUCACACAGUAGAGGACGCCAACUCUAUUGUCAAGCGAGGACAAUGCGCGUUCCCGACCGAUGAUCCCAACUUGGUUGCUGUCACGCCCGAUGCUGAGAAUGCUGGCUGGGCUAUGAGCCCGGAUCAGCCUUGCACGCCAGGUCACUACUGCCCAAUUGCUUGCAAGCCCGGUAUGGUUAUGGCUCAAUGGGAUCCCGAUUCUUCAUACUCCUACCCGGCUUCCAUGAACGGAGGAUUGUUCUGUGACAACAGUGGCACGGUUCACAAGCCUUUCCCCAACAAGCCGUACUGUGUUGAAGGUACUGGCUCUGUCGUAGCUGUCAACGACUGUGGUGAGCCCAUGUCGUGGUGCCAGACUGUCUUGCCUGGUAACGAGGCCAUGCUUAUCCCAACUCUUGUCACAUCCUCGGCCACGCUUGCUGUUCCCGAUACAAGCUACUGGUGUUCAACGGCAGCUCACUACUACAUCAACCCUCCUGGAAGCACCGUCGCCGAUUGUGUCUGGGGUGUCUCUAGCAAGCCCGUUGGCAACUGGAGUCCGUACGUUGCUGGCGCUAACACUGACAGCAACGGCAACACAUUCGUCAAGCUGGGAUGGAACCCCAUCUGGCAAGACUCUGCCUUGAAGAGCACCCUGCCCACCUUUGGUAUCAAGAUCGAGUGCCCCGACGGUGACUGCAACGGACUGCCCUGUGAGAUUUCGCCCAACUCUGACGGCAGCGUCGAGAGCAACGAAUCCUCCGUUGGUGCCGGUAACGCCGCUUUUUGCGUUGUUACUGUCCCCAAGGGUGGCACUGCCAACAUUGUGGCUUUCAACGUGGACGGCAGCUCUGGCGGCUCCGGUGGUGAUGACUCUGACUCCGGAUCUUCUUCUUCGGCUCAGCCCAGCUCCACUCCCCAUGGACUCAAGGCCGGCGGUUUCGCCCAGCAGGCCGAGAAGGCUACUUCAACCACCACCACCGCCCAGCCAUCAUCUACGGAGGUUUCCACCACUGCUACUCCUUCUUCGACCGAGGCCACAUCCACCACUGCCGCCGCCUCAUCAACCACCACGGCCGCAGAGUCAACAACACAGACGACCGAUGCUUCCUCCACAACCGGAGCUGCUUCUACCACCGCCACCAGCGGCAAGGCUUCCUCAACCGCUUCUCAAGCUCGCGCACACGCCUCUGUGAAGCCCGGCAUGUUCCACGAGAACGGCACCUCGUCUCACCAGACGACCUCAGCUCCUGCCGAGCCGUCCCAGACCCAAGCCGACUCUGCCCCGGUUACCACGACUACUAAGAAGGGUGAGGCUGGCCGCCAGCAAGGCAGCACCGCCUUUGCAGGCCUUAUCGUUGCCUUUGUUGCCGCAGCUUGUUUCCUAUAA